AUGGUCCAAACACGCACAAUUGUCGGUCUAGGCGGCGCCCUGGGACUGGUCGGGCUUGCCAUCGUCGGCCUUGGCAACCAGUCGUCGGACCGCCAGUACAAGAAAACACUGCAGUACAUGCACGACGGACGGGAAAAGAUCGCCGAGAAAUUCGAUGCCGCUACUGACGUUGCGGGCAAGAAGCUCGAUCAGGCGGCGGGUAAGAAGUAG